UCAAUUCGUGCAUCUUGACAUUACGUCUCCGCAAAACCGCAGCCACCAUGCUCAUAGGGCAGGUAUCCAGGCUCUCAGCCAUCCCACCAUUAGCUCUCCAGCACACUCUCCGACCUCUCCACUCUUCAAGCGUGCUCGCAGCUGGCGGCAAGCGUCCGAAACAGUCUCCUUCACAUUCUCGAAACUCUCCCAGACAAAAGCCGGAUUGGGAAAAAAGGGGUAGUAAUCGGGGUCGUUCCGAACAGCCUAGAGCAAGCCGCUUUGGCUUAAAGUCUUCUGGGACAACUUCAUUCCGAAGCGAGCCACCUCGAGCUCGUCGUGUAAUCUCCGAUUCAUCUAGUGGCUCUUCUGCAAGCAUUACCCCCAAAGGCCAACAUGUGCCCACAUCCUCCCGUCGUUUACUACCUUUCUCAUCUUCUGAUACCAUACCCAAGCCUUCUCACCGAUUCAAACUCGAACCCGCUACUAUGCCACCCAAUCUGACACCCAGAUCUUUUAACAGGGAUGAUGGCGUAACGGAGGAGUACAUUAACGGUUUGCCUGCGUACCCCACACCUCCAACGACGCUCGCAAAUGAAGAACAAGCGCGGCCUCGAACAUUUGAUGAUUUUGGGCUGGAAGAGGGUUUGGUGAAGAGUUUGAAAGGGCUGUAUGGUGAGGACGGGAAGACGACACCGAUCGAGACGUUGAGUUUCCAUCAUUUCACCCAGCCGGAUAUCGCUUCUGCGCCAAUUGGCUCUCAGCGAGUCCUCCUCGGCGCCGAAACAGGUAGCGGCAAGACCGUCUCUUAUCUCAUCCCUCUGUUCCACCACCUUAAGCGUACCGACCCCGGACCGUCUGUCACUUCGUCCUUUUUCGCCGACAGUGAAAAUACUCUCCAUCCGCGAUCAAUUAUCCUCUCCCCAACUCAUGAACUUACCCGACAAUCAACUCAAUUCGCAAAAAUUCUUACGCAUAAUACAAAACUCUCUGUUCAUGGGAUGAGUUCGACAGUGUCGGGUGGGGUGGGUGAGAAGCGAGGGAGUGUGGAUGUUUUAUUAGGGACUGUGGGGAGUUUGAGGCGGAUGUUUGGGAUGACAAGGAGUGAGGAAGAGCAGGAGAAAGAGGAUUAUAUCAGGGGGAAGAGGAUAUGGCAAGAUGAGCAGGAAAAGGGGAUGGUAGAGGGGGAUAAGGUGGAAUGGGUUGUGAUUGAUGAAGCCGACGUCUUGUUAGGUCGAGAAUUCUAUCUGGACACUAUCUCGGUUCUCUCUCAGGUCAAACAGGCCAACCUUAUCUUAUGUACCGCCACCCUUCCUCCAUUCUUGAUAAACCUCCUUACCACCAACCCGUUCUUCACCAAAAAGGAACCUUUCAUCCAUUUGCUUUCUCCCGGUUUACAUAAACUUCCUCCUAAACUUCUCACUCGAUUUAUUCGUCCGUCUACGACCGGCAACAAACACGGCGACGUCGCGCAUCAAGUUCGGCUCACGUUAGCCGAGGACGCCAAAGCUGCCAAAGCUGAGGGAAGGGAAGGCGAGGAACCGAGCAAAAUUGUGAUUUUCUGCAAUUCUGAUAAGCAGGUGGAGCAGGUCUCUGGGAUCCUGGGAACGAAGAAGAUUGAUUGCCUCGCAUGGACUGGAGCUGGAGAAGAGCGCCUGAGAGGUCGGAAUGGGUCUUUGAACGAUUUCCUGCAAAGACCUCAUCUCCCAGGGCACGAACCCCCUGCUCCUCUCCCAAGCUUGGAACCGAGGGAAACCAAGCCGAUUUUCCAGGACAAGAACGGUACCACCCCAAACGUAUCCCAGGUUACGCGCCGUCGGGUCCUUGUGACGACAUCUCUUCUCUCACGAGGAUUGGAUUUCCACCCGUCCGUGUCAUCAGUGUUCCUCGUACAACCACCAAGGGAUGUGUUGGAUUUCGUCCAUCGUGCAGGUAGGGCAGGACGGGCAGGCAGACCGGGAAGAGUAGUUGUCUUUGGAAUCGAUGAGGGAGGUACGCUGGGUGAAGGGGCGAAGAAUAAUAAGGGUGGGAAGGGACAAGGACCAUUGAAGAAGGAUGGGAAGACCGCGUUGGGCGAUAGGUUGAAGGAUGUGUUGGGAAAGAGGGAAGUGGUGGGUGCGAUGGGGAAGAGAGUGCGGACUUAGAUGUGCGGGACAAGGGAUUAAGAAGAGUGUUAAUCGAGAAACGUUGGAACGGCAUGCAGCACACUGUUCACAUCGUUCAUUGAUACCAUAUUCUUCCCAGACACUUUCGCAGUGGCGCUUAGAGUUCGUAUUUCAAAGAGUUCAUGAGCAUCUUUUCCUUGACACUUCGAGGAGUGCGGCUUUGACAUCAUUAUCUAUACGAUGCGGAAAGGGUGAUAAAUUAGAUGAGACGGGGUAUCGAAUAUCAUGGCAUGCCAUGCUUGCUGCUAUUGAUGCAGUUAUAACAGAGGAUCUGACCUUACUGACAGACAUAGUAUAACCUGCUUACUCACUUCGCGUCACCUUCUCUGGUAUUGAUCGCUGGCCCUUCAUCGCCAUAGAUUGGAUCCUUGUCAAACCACUUCACUCCUUUCACCGUCUCCCAAGCAUCGUUCUUCUCCCCAUCUUGGCCUGUACACAUAUCCCAGUUCUUCGCUCCGAUCGGAUAACUUCCUACCAUACUAAACCCUCCCUUAUCUUCGAUCAUCGCGUGAGCAACUCCGGAAGGGACUAGCAUGGCAUCCCCCUUCUCCACAUCAAUUUCGGUCCUGCUCUUGUUCUCUUCAUCCCUCGGCCCGCCAAAGCAGAGCGUUCCAGCACCUGAGACGACGACGAGCAGUUCGUGAGUGUUGGAAUGAUAGUGGUGCUGUCGAUACAUUGGGAAUCGCCAUGCGGGUUUAACGACGCCGACGGAGGAAAGAUGUUUCUCCACCUGAUCUGCAGUGAGAGAA